AGUAACUCAAUGGGCUAAAGAGAAAAUGCAGAAUUUUUUGAAGAAGUUUCCGACGCAACGAACGAAUAGAGUGACAGGAAUUUUGACACGAACAGCUUACACAAAAGAAACCAAGUUAAAUGAUAAUGAAUUUGAAUACACGGUUCCAUUCUCUAGUGCCCGGUUAGGUCACUUUACACAGCCACAACCUAAGUUGGGAAAUUUUCUUAAACAGGACCAAACUUUGAUCAAAAUUCUUAAGAAGAAUAUACCAAAACAGUACUACCAAACAGUUGAAGAUGAUCUAUACAGAUUUAGUGAGAGGAUUUCAUCAGAAAUUGAUGACCUGAGUUUUCAAUGUGAAAAAGAGAAACCGUAUGUACAGACGUUUGAUGCAUGGGGUAACAGAAUAGAUCAACUGGUUACCUGUGAAGCAUGGAAGAAAAUGCACAACAUUUCAGCAGAAGAAGGUCUUAUUUCUUUAGGAUAUGAUAACCCAAAAGAAGAAUGGAGGCGUUUACAUCAGAUGUCAAAGCUAUAUAUAUUUGCCUCAUCCUCUGGACUUUAUAGUUGUCCAUUGGCUAUGACAGAUGGCGCUGCAACAAUUAUAAGGAGAAUAGAAAAUCCAACCAGCCAAUUACUGAAAGCCUUUCAAAACUUAACUUCAAGAAAUCCUAAAGAAUUUUGGACAUCUGGUCAGUGGAUGACUGAAAAGAAAGGAGGAUCUGAUGUAGCUAGUGGUACAGAAACAGUGGCUGUGGAGCAGGAUGAUGGAAGUUACAGAUUAUAUGGUUAUAAAUGGUUCUCUUCAGCUACAGAUUCAGAUAUGGCUUUCACAUUAGCCCGUGUAGUUGAUAAACAUAACAAUAUCACAGAAGGAACAAAAGGACUAUCACUAUUUUAUUUGGAAACCAGGAAAAAUGAUGGCAGUUUGAACAACAUUCAGAUAAUGAAAUUGAAGGACAAAUUGGGGACUCGACAACUACCUACAGCCGAGUUAUUAUUAGAUGGAACUUCAGCAAUUAUAGUUUCAGACCUAGGCAAAGGUGUGGCAGGAAUUUCCAGUAUGUUAACAUUGACAAGAAUACACAAUGCUGUGGCUGCUUGUUCAAGUAUGAGAAAGUUAUUAAUUUUAUCGAAAGACUACAGUUUAAAGAGAGAAGCUUUUGGUAACCAGCUGUACAAUUAUCCUCUUCAUGUGCAGACACUGGCCAGAUUAGAGACUGAAGUGAGAGCUGCCACCUUGUUUGUUUUCCAUGCAGUGUCGCUAUUAAGUAAGCAAGAGAGUGGAAAUGCUACUGAAGAUGAAUUACACUUACUAAGAUUGCUCACUCCUCUCAUCAAGUUAUACACAGGUAAACAGGCUAUGUCAGUAAGUUCAGAAGGUUUGGAAAGUUUUGGAGGUCAAGGUUACAUAGAGGAGACUGGGUUACCGAAUUUUCUUAGAGACGCUCAGGUGUUAACUAUAUGGGAAGGAACAACAAAUAUCCUGUCAUUAGAUGUGUUACGAUGUAUCAGUAAAUCAAACGGUCAGGCAUUGAUAUCUUUAAAAAAUGACGUUGACAACAAACUAUCCACUACACCUUCAGAGUUAUCAAAAGAAGCAGAGAAGUUACAAAUGGCAUUGAAAUCAGUAUUGCAUUUUGUUACAAAAAAUCAGAAAAAUUUGGAUGUUUUGACUUUUGCUGCCAGAGAUUUGUCAUAUAGUUUGUCAAGAAUAUACAUGGGAACAUUAAUGAUUGAACAUACAGCGAGCUGUGGAAUGUCACCAGCUGAUAUUUAUGCAUGUAAAAGAUGGUGUGAACAACAACUAUCUUUAGUUUCUAACAACGACCAGUACAGUAAACAAAGCUCAGAUAUGGAAAAAGAACUUGUUUAUGGAUGAUGCUCAUUCUCCAGAAAUCUAUUUAUAUAUCUGUGAUAUCAAUUGAACACAUAUGAAUGACCUUGAUUAUGUUGAUCUUGAUUUUAAGGGAAACUUGUUAUUCCCUGUGUAUAAAAUUAAUGAAAACAAUCAUUAAUUGGUUGUGAUCUCAUUGAAAACUUUACCAGUAAUGAUUGGUUAGGUCUUUCAUGAAAAUGUAUAAAGAAUUAUUGUAUAAUGUUAAACAAAUAUCACAAAUUCAAUAUUAUUGAAAAUAAGUUGCUGAUGAUGUGAAAAAUAUUACUGAAGAUGUCGACUAUGGAAAUUUAUUUAUGAUUUUUGUUGAUCUUGAUUAAAAAUGAAUAUUUCUCCCA